AUGGAGGAGAGCUUCUCGUUCCCAAAGGGUGUAGGCAGACGUAACAGCGAUCGAUGCAUGGGUAACAGUGGAAUCUGUAGACCCUCUUGCAAAAAGAAUGAGCAGCCAUACUUCUUUUGCAGAAAUUAUCAACCCUGCUGCCUCCAGUCCUAUGUGAGGAUAAGUAUUUCUGGACCAAAAGAAAGUAAUGAGUGGUCCUACGAGAAACACUGGCCGGACAUACCUUGA